GAAGGAUCCGGACACGCGAGGCCGGCGUGUGUUGGGUGCUUCGUGAUUCUUUUUCUUCCUUUUUUCUUCUUUUUCCCGCAAUGGAGAACGAUAUUUUGGACUCGCUGGAGGACCUAGGGUACGAUGGAGACAUUAGCAAUGAGACCACCUUGAGAGCAGCCGUGGAGGGAAGCGAGGGGGGACCCAAGAGCGUUUCGUACACAAAGCUCGUCGCCUGGAUCACCUCAGAGUUGCGCGUCUUGGCCAAGCUGGAGGAGAUGGUGAACGCCACGUCUUCCCCAGAUGAGCACUCGUCCUUCCUCAUGGAGCUCUCGGCGUUUCUCAAGGAAUUAGGAUGUCCUCAUACACAACUGACCGAAGGACCUGUCAGCCAGCGAUUGACAUCCUCAGAAACGCGGCUUCUGUUGCUGGAUUUCCUUCUGGCUGAACUUAUGGCAGCUCGCAUGUUGUCCAGUGCCACCCCUGAGCAAGGCAUGACAGUCGAAAUGCGUGAGAGUGAACAUGCGCGGGACCUGAAGGCUUUGCUUAUUGCCCUUGGCUUUCCCAAACCCCCGGCCAACAUCACUCCACAGCAGCUCUUCAUGAAAGUCGAACAGAAGGUAAAUGAUGUGAAGAGCAAAGCCCACUCGUCUCUCAUUGGCAAACCCCUAUUUAAUGGAAGUCUGUCAGACAAGCAGUGGGCUCUGUUGGACGAGAUGCAGAAGGAAAUGCAGUCGGAAUACCAAAUGAGACGCGAGAUGUUGAUCAAGCGUCUGGAUGUCACUGUGCAGUCUUUCCAGUGGUCCAACAAAGCCAAAAUGCGAGAAAAUGACUUGGUGAAAGCAUUCCGAUCCCGAAGAGACCAACUGACAGAAAUCCCAAGUGUGUCUGUGGGAGACAUGCUAGCAGCUAGGGAAGACUUAGCAGUUUUAGAGAAGACCAGCAAUGCAUCUGUGCGCAAGGCUACUAAAACGCCCCUGAAUAAGGUUCUGAUAGGAAAGGUUCCAGAUCGAGGUGGCCGAGCGCACGAGCUGGAGCCUCCCCCGCCUGAGAUGCCAUCUUGGUCGCAGAGGCAGCCGGGAGGAGGAGGUCAGGGUGGGAGUAGUAGUACUCAGCAAGGUGGUUCAGGUGGCUUUGGAGGUGGCCAGCAAGGUGGCUACGGAGGACGAGGAGGCGGCCGCGGAGGGCGAGGUGGCGGCGGAGGAGGCGGAAGCGGCUUCUCCUCGGGAGGCGACCGGGUCCAGGGCGGCUGGAACCAGGGCGGAGGAUACAACCGCGGCGGAGGCGGCUACGACAACCGAGGGGGCGGCGGGGGCUAUGACAACAGGGGAGGUGGAGGAGGAUAUGAUAACAGGGGAGGAGGUGGUGGCUAUGAUAACAGGGGAGGUGGCGGAGGUUAUGAUAAUCGGGGUAGCUAUGACAAUCGUGGCGGUGGUGGCUACCGAGGUGGCGGCCACGGUGGCUAUGACAAUAGAGGUUACGACAACAGAGGCAGGGGCCGAGGGAGGGGGGGAAGAGGAGGUAAUAGGUACUAGGGUAACACUUCUAAGACUUCAUUUAAGGACCGUUGAUAAAAAGUUUUCACCAUUGGCUGAUCUCUAUCGGAAAAAUGUGAAUGUGUAUCCUAGCAUGUAUCUAUUUAAAAAAAGCAUAUUCAGCAACAGAUGAACAA